AUGUACGUAAUAUAUCCCGCGGACGAAGUAGUUUCCCUAACGUACAGCUCGCAUUCGCUGCCACGGCCUCGGCAGCGGCCGACACUAGACAUUAUAGUCGGGCCGCCACUGGCUAGUGAGGCGCAAGAACCGUCAGCGCAACCCACCCCUACCCGCGCACCGUCUGUCCCCAUCACGGCGCCCCCAGAGCUAGCACCUCGCGCGCCGGCCUCGCCGACGCCCUCCAUAGAGCGGCCGGCUAAGCCGCGCGAGCGCACCAAAGCCAAACUCUUCAAGAAACUGGGGCGUCAUGAAGACAACGAAUUCGGAAAGAUAGUUCGAACCCCAGCUCCCGAUGAAUUUGAAUUACCCGCCCCCCUCCCGACGCCAGCUUUCUCCAGGAAGAAUAUCUUCGAUCGAGAUUUCGAUGCGCUCUUUGAAGUGGCGAGUACGCCGGAGUUCUGUGCUAACAUUCGCGUGACGACACCCGAACCGGACCGGCGGUCUGAUGUGGUGGCGCCGCAUUUUCCUUCGCCCUCGGCUUCCUCGCUUAGUUUGCUUCCCCCCCGUCCCCAAUCAGAACCGAUGGGAAACUCGACUCCGGUACUACCAUCCCCACAGUCUACGCCGCCGGCGCAGCGGUCAUCAUUUGAAGGAACAAAUUCAAAACCGAAGAAAGUCAGCUUCUUCCGUAAAUUUAGUCGGUCGAGGGACACUCCUCCACCAGCGCCGAAGAUGCAGCAGCCGUCGAUUGAGAUGGCCUUGCGCGAAUUGACACAUCCUUCGCACAAUGAACAGCUCAAGAACCAACAACAAGUCACGUUUAAAUUAGUGAAAACAGUGCAUGGCCCGAGUUUUCUGACUCGCAAAGACGUUCACAUGACGUAUAGACUCAUAUAUUUCAUUAUUUAUGUUCAUGUCUGGAUCGCGGCAGUCGCUUCCAUUUACAAAUACAUUUCUGCGUACCAGGAGGAUACCAUACGAUUCACGACACGAACCGAUUAUUUGGAUUGGAACACGACGUUUCCCUCGAUUACCAUCUGCCAAAUUGCUAAUAACAAAAUGCACGACUCGGGCGGGGAAAACGAAAAGCGGAUUAAUUUGUUGAAAAAUAUUGCCUUCUAUCGCGGCGAUUGUCCCAAUUGUAUUUCCAUUUGUGAUGAUAAAACUAACUGCGUUACUGACUUUACCCGUAUCACUUCUCAGUACCGUUCGCGGUGCGAAGAUAUGUUCACGAAUUGCACAUGGGAUGAUGAACCGGUGAAUUGCUGCCGACAUUUUAAGCCCAUUCAGACGGAGUACGGCGUGUGUUUCUCGAUGAAUAAUAUCCAAUUUCAUGACGAGCAAUUUUCAUAUUACGUCGCUUCGUCAGACCGACGUCACUUGGGGAGUCUAAGCGUUGCCCUCUCGCAGGAUUAUGAGGCAUUCUUACAUGCACGGGAGGACGUGCCCUUCUGGAAUAUGGAACAAGACAGAAGAAUAUUAGUUGGCUAUAACAUGCAAGCGAUUGUGUCGUUUUCCAUUGUGGAUAUAAUGAACGAACCCGAGGUGACAUCCACGGGGCCGGAUGUAAGGCAAUGCAGAUUUCCGAGCGAAGUGCCAAGCAAUUUCCACGGCUUCCCGUACUAUAGCUAUUCAGCUUGUAUUAUCCAAUGUCGUAUACACGAACAGCUGAAGUUGUGCUCUUGUACGUCCCAUUUAUCACCGCCAGUGUAUAGAGACAAAUUCUGUGAUCUAGAAGGUUUGCAGUGUUUAACAAGGAAUAACUAUAGGUUAAAAAGAAUGAAGGUUCCCGGGAUAAAUGCAACUGGCUUGCAGUGUGACUGUUUGCCGUCGUGUACUGAACCCGAUUACAAUAUCAUAGCGAAGAAGAUCAAUGUAUCGGAUGUCGGUGGAAGUGUAUCCUUUGUUCUGGGGAACCGGCCGUAUGAGAGAGUCACCAGGCAGUUGGCACACACGACAUUAGACUUCGUGGUGGCUGUUGGCAAUUGUUUCGGACUGUGCUUUGGCGGUUCUAUAUUGUCAAUCGUGGAAGUAAUGUAUUACAUAUGCUUUAAGCAAUGGAAGCAUACUAAUGUUUCUUAA